AUACGUGGUCGGAGAAGAAGUGGGGCCCCAACGUUACAGAGUUCCAGCAGAGGUUUGAUGAAGUCCUCACCGGAGGAGAAGGUCCCAGAAGACUCAAGAACCUGUAUUUUCUCUACCUGAUAGAGCUGCGGGCCCUUUCCAAAGUGCUCCCAUUCUUUGAGCGCCCGGGCUUCCAGCUCUACACGGGGGAUAAAAGUCGGGACACAGAAGCGAAAACCCUCCUGUUGGAUAUUCUCCAUCUGGCCAAGUCCUUCCCACUGCAUUUCGAUGAGAACUCGCUCUUCACAGGGAAUAAAAAGGAAGCUGCUAAACUGAAGGAGGAAUUCAGGCUGCACUUCAAGAAUAUUUCCAAGAUCAUGGACUGUGUUGGCUGCUUCAAGUGUCGGCUGUGGGGGAAGCUGCAGACGCAGGGCUUGGGCACGGCGCUGAAGAUCCUCUUCUCGGAAAGCCUGAUAGAAAAGAUACCCGAGAGCGGCCCCUCCUACGGGUUCCAGCUGAGCAGACAAGAAAUUGUUGCCUUAUUUAACGCUUUUGGAAGGAUUUCUACGAGCGUCAGAGAACUGGAAAACUUCAGGAACAUCUUGCGGAAUAGGGG